AUGGCUUCCAUCACUUCUUUCUCCGUCACCUCAUUCAAUCAAACUCACACUCUGGUACCUGGUUGCAGAAUCUCUAACUCGAGCUCAGUUUUCCUUUCAACCAAGGGGAGAACUUUUUCACCCCUUACUUUGCAGCGUAGAGUACCUCGCUUUCAAAUUGCAUGCGCAGCCAGACCAGAAACUGUAAAGAAGGUUUGUGACAUAGUCAAGAAACAACUGGCACUGCCAGAUGGAUCUUCUGUCACCGGAGAAUCCAAGUUUUCUGCACUUGGAGCAGAUUCUCUUGACACGGUGGAGAUUGUGAUGGGACUGGAGGAGGAAUUUGGUAUUAGUGUGGAAGAAGAAAGCGCGCAGAGCAUUUCCACGGUUCAAGACGCAGCAGAUAUGAUCGAUGAACUUCUUGAAAGCAAGAGUGCUUAA